AUGAUCUUCAAGUACUUGAGAUAUUUUGGUGGUGCGUCAAUAAAAGUUCUGAAUCUCAAACCAUCUGCUACAAACAAGAUCAAUCUCUUUGCCGGUGCAUUUUUUAAUAUUGAAAAAAAAGAAAAAGAAAUGGUAGUGGGUGUUUUUCCAGCUCUGAAAUUGGGAGUUUUGUUCGUUAAACAAAUUAGCAAGCCCAUAGCUAAGUUUCUUGUUAACCAAGCAAAAAAUCAUCCUGUAUUCAGGACAUAUUUUAUUAUACCGCCUGCACAAUUAAACCUACAAAAGUUGCAAAGUUGAAUGAAACCAUGGCCAUAGAAUUAGGAGCUAAUUUGAUGGGUGAGGUUAUCAUUUUUAGCGUUGCUGGUGGUUGUUUAAUAUUAGAAUACAAUCGCCAGGCAGCGAAAGAGGCGAAAAAAGAGGAAGCGCGUCUUCAACAAAUACAAUUGUUUACAAAUGACAUUAAGAAUUUGAAUCAGAUCACUUCUGAACAAGAAAAUGAAAUUCAAUAUCUACACGAAGUUAUUCAAGAAAUAACUAAACAUAUGAAGUAUGAAAUUGUUGCGAAACCAAGAGUAAAAGAAACAAAUGAGCAAGUGCAACAAUCAAAUAUCAAUGAGAGUCAGAAUAGUGCGAAUUCAAAAACUGAAAAACCGUCAAUAAUUGAACGCGCUAUAAUAUAUUAUGAGAAUAAUGUAAAAACAGAGAAAGUCAGUUAAUUGAAAUUUUAUUUUAAAUUUUAUUAAUGAUUGUGAUAGUGUAGGUAUAACUUGAAUAAUAUUAAAGGGAGAAAUGCAUUCAUGAUAUCACAGUGUAUAUAAAAAAUAUUUCCCAUAAUAUAUACAUGACUUUAUAUAUAAUUAAGAUCACAUAUAACACAAUUUAUACAUUAGUAUUUUGUGCACUAUUGUUGACAUUCGGUAUUUUCUAUUUAUGUUUAUACAUGUACAGUUUUUUAUUGUUUUUUUUAAUCAUCAUUUUCAAAAACACACAUACAUAGUCUAUAGACUAUACAAAAAUAUUUCUAAAUUGUAUCGCUUUGAACAAAGAAAUAGUCGAUCUAUUCUACAUUCAAUCAAGCUGUAUUAUACAAUAAUGGUAAUGAUAGAAAAAAAUAACAUUUUAACAUUUUUAUUAAGUAUUCAUUAAAAAAAGUUUAUUCAUUUAUUAGUUUAGGCUUAUUCCUUCCUUCAACAUUUUUUGUAAUGUGUGAAUUCUUGCCUCCAAAUUUUCAAACUCGAUUUCUAGAAUAAAAAGUUUUGAAAUUCGUUACAUGUGUAUUCAUACGUUUAAAUAUCAACUUAAUACUAACUUGCAUUCUUUGUUUUAUUAUUAUAUAUUUUCGUGUUUCGGCAAGGAGAUCGUUGGGUUCUAAUUGAUUCUAACGAGCUUCCUGUUUAUCAUCAAUUAAAAUACACGUUAAUAAUCUUUCGGGGGAAAAAAACGUGCAAGUAAAAUUUCUAACAUUAAGUUAAAUAGAAAUUUGAACAAGUGUACACCUGGCGACAAAAUAGAUGUUCUAUUGCGGCUUGAGAUCGAAGAAGAUCGACUUCUGUUCCGUUUACAAGCUGCAUGA